AUGGCCGAUCCCCAAGAAAGGCUCGACGCUUCCUUACGGGAUUUCGAGACGCCGGUAAGCCCGCCGCUGUCUACGACGAGGAACUCCUCCGUUCUCCCCAGCGAGGCGGCGAUCGAAGACGAUCUCCUAGCGGAUCUGGAGGUCGCGUCCGCAGGUUCCUAUUCUCCUCCAGCGUGGCGGAGGCUCGCCAACGGUAGUCGAAGCAGCGGCUUCUGGAGGCCGCCGUCGCAUGAUGCGCUCGGCGCAAUGGCCCCGAUGCGCCUGGGCGCGCGCGACACGCCGUUUAGCGAGCGCGACAUCGAUGAUGACGACGACGACCUCGAUGACGAUGACCUGCACCACGACCUUGACGCCCGCAACGAGAUAUUGCAGAGAGCGAUCCGCACACGGCUUCCCACCGGCAGCAUGAGCCCCGACAAGGUGAGGAGCCGGAGUCCGGAGAGAAACAGGAGCGGCACGUUGCGACUCGAGGCACCGACCCCGCCCGUUCUCGAGAGGAUCCUGGAGUCGCCGCCGCCCACGGACAAUUACAUUCGCUUCGCCGUGCGCGCUGAAGUCCAGCAGCGAACCGAACCAAUCGAAACCGCCAUUGCCUUCGUCCGCAAACGCUACGCCGCUCUCACUGCGUCAUGGACCUCUACCCUGUUCAGCCUGCUGCUCGCCGUCUUCAGCGUCACCAUGUUCAAGACGCUCAUCCAGGAGCCUGCGCCACGCCCCGUUGGCGACCUUGUCAAGGUCGCGGGCAUCGCGCGCUCCUUUGAACCGCUGAUAUACUAUUCGGAGCAUGCCAUCACGCAGGUCCAUGACUUGCAGGCGACCAGCGUGGCCGUCUGGGACCUCGGAGAGACGGUGCGCACCAGCGGAAUGCGAGAUGCGCAGCUCAUCGUGGCCGACCUCGAUGCUCUCAGCGGCGCAAUGAAGACGCUCGCUACCGAGAUGACCAAGUUCUUUGCUGUUGUUGAUGGCGACAUUGACGGCAUCCUCAAUGUCAUGGAUUGGGCCAAGAUGCAUCUCAAUCGCCUCCAGAACGCUCCUACUCCUUCCACCCUCUCCUCCGCGUACGAUAACAUCCACAACAUGCUUUCUGAGGCUCACAUCCUCGAAGACGCCUCGGGCACUCCCACGCCGCUCGGCACGAUUACUACGUACAUCUUUGGACUAAGCAACCCGCAGCGCGAGCAACGGAUGGUCCAGCUCCUGUUCAACGAAUUCUUGUCGAUCCUCGAGGAAAGCGUUCGGGAGGAGCUCCGCUAUAGCAUGAACCUCUACGGCCUCUUCAACAGCAUCGACCAGCACUUUCUCAACCUUGCACGGACCGUCGCGCGCGAGACGUCUGCGCAGGAAGAGCUGCACAGCGACAUGCUGGCCAGCCUCUGGGUGCGCAUUCUGGGCACGCGCGCCGCCGAGCUGCGCAAGUUUGAGCAGAACCGCGUGCUCCUGCGCGACGUCAGAGAGAAGACUGUGCGCAACAAGGGCAUCCUCGUCAACCACCACAGCAAGCUCCUCUCCCUGCAGACGUCGCUCGAGGGGCUCCGCACCAAGCUCAUCUCGCCCCUCGUCCGCGGCACCAACGCCACCAUCUUGACUCUCGAAGACCAGAUCGACAGCCUGUCUGGCGUGAGAGAUCAUCUGUCCGAAAUUCGACGACAGCAAAAGGGCAAGGUCCUGGAGACGCUGUACGCCAGCGUGCCAAGCAAGCAGCAACCAAGGAAUCUACGGCUCGACGACGGCCGGACCGAUAUUCUCAGGGACUCUUGA